AUGGACGAGAACACCACAUCCUUCGCUUUGAAUGUAUCCGGGUGGCUCAUUCCUGACAUUCGGCGGCAUGUUUUUGUACUCGUGUGGUGUUGUGGUGUGCCGGUGCAUGUGCGUUACAUUAUACAACUCCUCCGCAUGUCGUCAGUGCCCCUGGAGAUGAUGAUGAGUUCGUCUGACGAAGGGUCGGUGGAAAAGGUAGAGAAGUAUGAUAGUAAAAACCAUGGGGCGCCACAUAGUCCAAGCGAGUCUGAACUGCGGAGCGUGGCAUUAGAUAUUGCCUUCACACAGGUGGGGAGUGACUGCUGUAAGGCGAACAGUCAUGUUGUUGAGGCUUGCCUCUCGGAGGAACGCUGGGCCGAGGUGCGCAGUUUGUCGUGUGUUGCAACAAGUGAUACCGACGGCGGUGGAACUGCCACGCGAAUAGUCUCGAGUGAUCCCACCGUGAAUGGGGAGGUUUUGGUUCUUCUGCCCCCGGGGGAAGUGCCGCAAGCAGAGCUGGUGUCGGCAUACUUUACUGCCUUAGACCAAGCACGAUUUUUUGAGCGGCAGUACAAAAUGCACGUCACCUGUCCCCUUGACGGAUUUGAAUGGGGGAAAACGGAGCGGAAUGAAGUUAAAAAGCAUCCAAGUCUCGGGUCAGCAAACCGGAAGGCGGGGGUGGAAGUCAUUGUCAUCGGCAGUAGCGACGACGACGACGAGGGAGACCAGAAGAUGGCAGAAGUAGUGGUGCUAGACGAUAGCGAUGACGAGACCCCUUGA